UUGUCGCUGAACUUGAUCUCUAAUUUUCUUUUUCAUUCUACUUUUUUUUGUUGAUCUCCCUUGGCUUAGACAUGUUUAUUUCUGAUAAUUGUCACAACGGCUGUAAACUUUAUCAUUUUAUUUUAAUUGCAAAAUGUAGUUGCUGAAUUAAUCUUCAAUUUUUUUCUUAUUCAAAGGAGUGAAAAAGAUAAGUUAAUAUGUUUAUAAUGUGCAAUUUUGGCCGCUGAUUUUUUGUCUUGUUUGUUUGUUUCGCAGAUCUUUGGGUUAUUUAUUUAUUUAUUUAUUUUAUGCUAAAUAAAAGAUCUAAGAAAGUGGCGUUUGGAUUUUUGUCGGGUGGAACUCAUACUUUCGGAUAACUUUACGUUUAUUUAUUUGUUUUAUUAAAAUUUUUUAUUUUGUUUUGUAUCAUCAUGUUUUCUAUGCAUUAUUGUGUUUACCAUUAUUAUGAAUUUGCAGUUAUUUAUUCUUAGGAUUUUUGAAUGUCUUUCAAAAUUUAAAGGCUUUUGUGAGAUUGAUUGUUUUGUUUUAAACUACUAUUUUUUAUGUAAAUAAAUUUUCAUGAUUUUUGUUGUAAGUUGUAUGUGAUUAUGACGAUGUUAUCCUUCACUUAUGUUGAUAUUUGGAUGCCAAUUUACAUUUUUAUAAUGUGAUUUCUUUGUGGAUAAAGAUGUAUAAGAGAGCGAUUGAGGUUGUUGUUGGUUUCGGUUCUCAAAUUGCAAUACAGUUUUACUGCAUAUCAAAAUGGAGUCAGAAAAUUUUCAAGAAAGUUAAGGGGUGCAAGAUACAAGCUACUGUUCAGAAUACUAUGAUUUACAGGUUCAAACAACUUCUCUCCGAGGGUCGAGUAUAUGUAAUGAAGCUCUUCUCUGUUGUGCCAAACCAAGGAUCUUAUAGGGCCACUAAGCAUCAGAUUAAGUUGAUUUUCCAGUUUAGGACCACUGUCAGGGAUGCUAUCUGCGAUUUUAUUCCAAAAUCUGCUCUUACAAUCUCUCCAUUCACUGAACUUUUGGAAACCAAAGAGGAUUAUGAUUUCUUAGUUGAUGUGGUGGGUCUGUUUGUCUCUGUGUCGGAAGAGAAAGAAUAUGAUAAAGAUGGAAAGAAGAUGAAGAUGGCUGUGAUGGAACUUGCUGAAAAUGAUCAUAGGAUUCGGUGUGCCUUAUUUGGUGAAUAUGUUGAUGAACUUAAUCGAUUUUUUUCUUUUGGGUAUGUUAAACAGCCAGUUGUGAUUUUACAACUUGCCAAACUUAAGGUUUUUUGAGGUUUGUAUCAUGUAAAUUUCAUUUCAUGUGUGUCAGUUAUCCAAGUUCACUUGGUUUUACGACUAUAUUCCUAUAACUAAUGUAUCUAUUUUUU